AUGGCUGUAGAGCAGUUCUUCAUAAUAAACAAAUCAGGAGGAAUGGUCUUCAAGUACGAGAGAGAAGAGAAGACAGACAUAAACAGCCUUUUAAUAUUAACAAGCUCUUUGUAUUCAGUAAGUGUGAUGUUAUCAAAAGUAAUGGAUAAGCCUGCACCAAAGCAGGUUGUUUACUUCAAGAACAGAGCCAUCUCUAUCUUCAGAACAAUCACCGGCUUAGUGUUUGUCUUUGUUGCAGACGAACCUGCAGAUAAUCUCUUCGAAAGAGUUUACUGCCACUACUGCAAAUAUGUAACGAGAGAUCCAUUCUACUCACCAGAAAUGCCUAUCCAAUGCUCGAAAUUUAGGCCUCACAUUCUAUUUGAAAGAUAG